GUUACUAUCCCGAACGGUUCGUUUAGCUCGGUGAAGUGCUGCAGUCAGCAAAAAGAAAAUAAAAACAUCAAGCCAGAAAAGCGCUGGACCAACGGCAUUUUUUGCAAGUGGAAAGGGAAAAUAAAAAUUAAAUGAAUAAAUAUCAGUGUAUGUGCAUACACAUAUAUACCAUAAUUUGCAGUGACGACACUUGCCACACCACUUGAACGCCAAAUGUACGCGCUGUUGUUGUUGCUGCACAAGUAAAAAUAAUAAAAUAACAUUUUAGUUGCAAAAACAAAAAAAAACACAUAUAAGUGUAAAAAUAUAUAUAAAAGUGUUACGUUCAUGUGGAGCAAGCGAACCCCAUUACCGUGUUUGUUGCUAGACGCGUCAAGAAUCUGCGACGACGCGCACCUCUUUUGCCGCGGAGUUUACUUAAAAAAUACAAAAAAGUGAAAUUAAGUAAAUAUUUGUUGAGCAAACAAAGAAUUUGGCGAAUAAGACUUGCGACUUGCGAAAACAAAUGCGCGCGCCGAGCGAUUGAAGCCAAUUAACGGUGAAAACAAAGUGUGCUGUUAAGUUAAGUCAGAAACUUUAAGGAAUGAUUCAAAAAAAUAUUUAAUAAAAACAAUAAAAAAAAGUUAAUUUGCAAUCGAGUUGCAAGUGACACUGUGUUAAAAAGUGAAUUUUCAAAACAAAAAAAUUUUUGAGUGAAAAAUAUAAACUCUUAUCAAGCCGCUUGCAAUUUUAAACGGCAAACCUCACACUAAUCAACCACCAUGCAUACGUUAUUCACCGAUCAGAAUUCCUUCUCGCGCCAUUAUGCGCAAACCGCCGGCUAUCCCAGUGCGGCCACCGCCGGCGCUAUGACCACAGCCUCAGCUGCGGCCGCCGCACAUUACGCUUACGAUCAGUAUUCACGCUACUCUUAUCCGGCGAGCGCUUACGGUCUGGGCGCGCCACAUCAGAAUAAGGAGAUCGUUAAACCACCGUACUCGUACAUAGCGCUCAUCGCCAUGGCCAUACAGAAUUCGUCGGACAAGAAGAUCACACUUAACGGCAUUUAUCAGUACAUAAUGGAGCGAUUCCCCUAUUAUCGCGAUAACAAGCAAGGUUGGCAGAACUCGAUACGUCACAAUCUCAGCUUGAACGAGUGCUUCGUGAAGGUGGCGCGUGACGAUAAGAAGCCCGGCAAAGGUUCCUACUGGACGUUGGAUCCCGAUUCGUACAAUAUGUUCGAUAACGGUUCGUUUUUGCGUCGGCGACGUCGUUUCAAGAAGAAGGAUGUGUUGCGCGAAAAGGAGGAGGCCAUGAAGCGGCAAGCGAUGAUGAAUGAAAAGUUGGCUGAAAUUAAGCCUCUGAAAUUGAUGACUAACGGUAUUUUGGAUCACAAACAUAUGGCGGCGCAUGCACACUUCAAGAAGGAACCGAUUAUGGAACUCGGCUGUUUGGCGGGCAAAGAUAUGCACACCGGUCUGAGUACCGCUAUGCUGAACUCCUGUCACGACAGCUUGGCGCAAAUGAAUCAUCUCACCGGCACGGUGGAGCAUGCCGGCUUCACCGUCGACUCACUGAUGAAUGUCUACAAUCCACGCAUACACCACAGCGCCUAUCCGUAUCACCUGAACGAGGACAACUUAGCCGUCGCUUCGACACAAAUGCACGCCCAUCAUGCCGCCGCCGCACAUCAUGCUCAGCUGCGUCAUCAUCAUGCCGCCCACGUUUCGCAUACGCACCCGCUAACACCUGGUGGUCAUGCAGGUGUGCAGCUGGGCAGCACAACCGCUUUAACAUCUGGCGCUUCACCCACCACGAUCUCAACGCCGCAUGGACCGACACAUGGCGGCUGGUAUACACCUGAAACGCCACCAUCUGAGCCAAUCGGCAACGGCGGUGUUGGAGUAGGUGGUGGUGUCACAAACGCUGGCACACCAACCAACAAUAAUAAUAAUAACAACAAUAGCAAUAACAGUCAUAAUCAUAACGGUUCGGCAGGUGUGCAUCUCGGCAAUCAGAAUCACGCAUCUGCACUCACCGCCACCAGCAGUCCGUCGGCUGUGGUAGGCGGCGUUGUAACAGGCCACACAUCACUGGGUUUCCGCGAUAUGCUCUUCGAGCAAAAUCAACCAUGUCAAAUGGACACGGGCAGUCCAAAUGGCAGUCUACAAUCCGCCAGUCCACCGGCCAGCGCCAGCGCUGCAGCGGCCUCCGCAGCAGCCGCGGCGUCAGUGAUCAGCAGUCAUCAUCAUCACCACCAUCAUCAUCUGAGCGGGAAUCUGGGAAAUCUGAGUAAUCUGAGCAACUUAAGUCAUUACCGGUCGCAUGUGAGUCAUUACCAGGAUUACGGCAUCAAAUAUGGCGUCUAAUUCGCAGUACAGUUGAAUGCUGCUGUGUUCUGGAAAUCUAAAAUCUGUUAGUCGGAGAAUGCCGUUAUAAAGUAAUACAUUUAAGUGUCUGACUCUCUAGUUAAGCUUGAUGUGCUUGUCAAAGCUUUCUACACGCUUUCGAGUCAUCAUCUGCAAAGCAACGAAUCUUUAUUACUUUUUGUAGUCGUUCUCAAUACACCAUCUAAGGUAUACGAAUUUAUACUCUAAGUGUUAAUAAUAUUAUGCAGUAGAUUUACAUAAAUAUAUAUUUAUUUUAUUUUCUUGAUUUUGGUUGAAAACAUUAAACGCGAGCUUCAAUAUGUUAUAAGUACAUACAUAUUUCUUUUGCAUAUAAUGUAUGCAAUGCUGACUAAUGUGCGCCAAAGUGAUGUGUAA